ACAAGGUAUAAUAAGGCGCACUAACACAGGCCACGGAGUGAGAGAGCGAUGACUGAUCUUCACACGGACAGAUCUUCAUCUUUUAGCACAUGAAACCGAAGAGACGGACGUAUCAACCUAUUUCACUCGCGCAGACAGUUGAGCGGACUGACCUGGCUGAUUCUUAACAGUUUACGGCAUCAGUCCAUUUCUUCUUGGAACUGACGUACAUCCAGUGUUGACGUUAAGUUUUGUUUUUCAUUGUUCUGAAGCGUUUUGCCUCUGGCUUUACCGGUAAGCGUUGGAUCCGUCAGCGUACUGCGACUCCCCGGUGUACAACCCGGACCUCUGCCCCAACAUGAUAGCUACACAAGCAAAGCUUGUUUACCAGCUGAACAAAUAUUACAACGAGAGAUGCCAGACUCGCAAAGCGGCCAUCGCAAAGACCAUCAGGGAGGUAUGCAAGGUGGUGUCGGACGUCCUCAAAGAGGUUGAAGUGCAGGAGCCCCGUUUCAUCAGCUCCCUGAGCGAAAUCGAGGCGCGCUACGAGGGGAUGGAGGUCAUCGCUCCCAAUGAAUUUGAAGUGGUACUCUACCUUAACCAGAUGGGCGUUUUCAACUUUGUGGAUGACGGGUCUUUGCCUGGGUGCGCGGUGUUGAAGCUGAGCGAUGGACGCAAGAGAAGCAUGUCGCUCUGGGUCGAGUUUAUCACGGCCUCGGGUUACCUCUCAGCACGAAAGAUCCGAUCCAGGUUUCAGACGCUGGUGGCACAAGCCGUGGACAAAUGCAGUUAUCGUGACGUGGUUAAGAUGGUAGCGGACACAAGCGAAGUUAAACUGCGUAUCCGGGAGAGAUACGUGGUUCAAAUCACACCAGCUUUUAAAUGCACAGGCAUUUGGCCUAGAAGCGCAGCCCAGUGGCCCAUGCCUCACAUUCCCUGGCCCGGUCCUAAUCGGGUAGCAGAAGUCAAAGCUGAGGGCUUCAAUCUCCUCUCUAAAGAGUGCUAUUCUUUAACCGGGAAACAGAGUUCGGCGGAGAGCGAUGCCUGGGUCUUGCAGUUCAGCGAAGCAGAAAACAGGCUGUUGAUGGCAGGCUGCAGAAAGAAAUGUCUCUCCAUACUGAAGACGCUGCGUGACCGACACCUCGAGCUGCCGGGACAGCCUCUGCACAACUACCACAUGAAAACCUUACUUCUGUACGAGUGCGAGAAGCACCCAAGAGAGACCGACUGGGACGAAUCGUGCCUGGGUGACCGCCUGAACGGGAUUCUUCUGCAGCUUAUCUCUUGCCUGCAGUGCCGCAGAUGUCCCCAUUACUUCUUACCAAACUUGGACCUGUUUCAGGGAAAGCCGCACUCGGCCUUAGAGGCUGCAGCAAAGCAGACGUGGAGACUUGCGAGAGAAAUUCUCACGAACGCAAAAAGCUUGGACAAAUUAUAGACCAGCGUACCGUACAUUAUUGUUAGUACUACUGUACUGAGGACCCUAAGAUCACUUCACUGUAAGUGGGAGAAAAAGUGAGCUUUCAAUUCUCCAAGUAAUGUGAAAAAAGUCUUUUUUCAAAGAAGCAAAUGGGACAUUGCAAGAAAAAGUUAAGGUACAUUUUAAGAUAAAUGUAUUCUUUGUGUUGUUUUGUUUUGAAUGUUUUCACAAAGUGAAGAAACUUUUAUUUAAAAUAUGCACAGUCUUUAAUGCAAAACAUUCAAAUGUAUAGUGCCAAGUCCAAAUUUUCAUUAUGUCAGCUAAACUGAAAUGUUAAUAAAAACAAAACAAAAUAUAA